AAGGACCAUUUUCUCAUUUUCUCCCAAAAUAUGUAACAAAAUUUCUGUCCCACCCCUUUCAAGGGUUUUUCAAGGGUUUUGCAUCUACCUUGUAUCUGCUUGAAGAGACCAUGGCAGCCAUGAAUUAUGGUAAGAGAAUCCUCAGUUCACUUCGAUUAAGAAAUUCCCUGUUUUUUCCUCAGUUUUCACGAACUUCCUUGCCCAACCAUCAGGUUAGUAAGUACUUUUACCUUUCUACUUUUCUUGGUACCCGUCAAAAUGUGUUCUUUUCAUCAAAACCUGAAUCUUUUGUAGACAUUAUAUUAUCCAAAGAAUGGUCUAAACAGUUAGAAAGAGAUUUAGGGAAACUUGAUUUUCCAAUGACCCAUGAAGCUGCUAUGUAUUUAUUGAAGAAACUUGAUAAAGACCCGAAAAAGGCUGGGGAUUUCUUGAAAUGGAUUGUUAAGCAAAAGGGGUUUGAACCUAGUUCUUCUAUGUAUAGUUUGAUGCUUAGAAUUUAUGCAAACAGGGAUUCAAUGAAGGAUUUUUGGACUACUAUUAAGGAAAUGAAAGAUAAUCAGUUUUAUAUUGAUGAGGAAACGUAUAAAUCGAUUUAUUCUGUUUUUCGGAAUUUGAAAAUGGAAACUGAUGCUACUGCUUUGAAGCAUUUUUAUGGGAGGAUGAUUAAAGAGAAUGCUAUGGGUGAUUUGGCGAAAGAUGUGUCUGAAUUGAUUAGGAAACAAGAAUGGGGAAUUCAGGUGGAGAGAGAAUUAGGGGAGAUGAAACUCUCGUUGUCGGAUAAUUUUGUGCUUAGGGUGUUGAAGGAACUUAGAGAAAUAGGAUAUCCGUUAAAAGCUUUCAGCUUUUUCAAAUGGGUUGCUAGGGAUUUAAGUUUUCAGCAGAAUACGGUUACUUAUAAUGGGAUUCUGAGGGUUCUUUGCCGGGAAGAGUCGAUUGAAGAGUUUUGGAGUGUGGUAAAAGAGAUGAAGAGCCAGGGUUUUGAAAUAGAUCUUGAUACAUAUAUAAAGGUCUCAAGGCAUUUUCAGAAGAUUAAGAUGUUGAAAGAUGCAGUAGAACUAUAUGAGCUGAUGAUGGAUGGUCAGUUUAAACCAUCACUUGGUGAGUGCAAUAAUCUUUUAAGAUCCAUUGCACAGUCACAUCCCUCGAAUCUUGAUCUGCUAUUUAGAGUUGUGGAAAAAUUUGAGGCAGCAGGGAAUUCACGCUCAAAGAUUAUUUAUGAUGUCAUUCAUAGGUGUUUGACUAACUUGGGGCGAUUUGAGGAAGCAGAGAAGAUAACAGAAGCUAUGAGAGAUGCCGGAUUUGAACCUGACAAUAUCACAUACAGCCAAUUAAUCUAUGGACUCUGCAAAGUGAGGAGGCUGGAGGAGGCCUCGAAGGUGAUAGAUGUGAUGGAAGAAUGUGGAUGCAUUCCAGAUAUCAAGACUUGGACUGUUCUGAUACAAGGCCAUUGUUUUGCUGGUGAAGUUGAUAAGGCGCUGCUUUGUUUUGCUAACAUGAUGGAGAGAAAUGUUGAUACAGAUGCUGAUCUGUUGGAUGUGCUACUUAAUGGUUUUCUAAGUCAAAGAAGAGUUUUUGGUGCAUAUCAGUUAUUGACCGAGUUGGUAAAUAAGUUUCAAAUGCGCCCAUGGCAAGCAACGUACAAACUUAUCAUUCAAAAGCUCUUAGGGGAAAGGAAACUUGAAGAAGCGCUAGAUCUCCUCCGUCGGAUGAAGAAACACAAUUAUCCACCUUUUCCAGAACCCUUUCAUCAAUAUAUUUCAAAGUCAGGAACAGUAGAAGAUGCAGUGGAGUUUUUGAAGGCGUUGAGCGUCAAGGACUAUCCAUCUGUUUCAGCCUACCAACAUGUUUUCCAGUCCUUCUUUGCUGAAGGUAGACAUUCUGAGGCAAAAGAUCUGCUUUACAAGUGCCCACAUCAUAUUCGCCAACACCCAGCAAUUUGUGGCCUUUUUGGUUCUUCAAAUUCUAACACUGGAAGAGUGAAAAGGUUCCCCCGGCAGAGCUUGAGUUCUGCUUAGGCACAAGGUUAGCAUCUGAUAAGAGCUCCCGAUGCUAACCUUUGCCAGGAUCUUCAACUUGAAAAGACAAACAAGUUAAUCAGAUAGCUCCGUAUGUCACUCUCUUGGCUGGUUCAUUCAAUGUAUGCAAAAAUCUUGUCAGGUUCACAUCUUCCUGAAAGAUCUUCCACUCAGAAUCUGAAAAAGGAUUUGACUGCAGAAGUGCCUUGGUUUCUUUCUGCUUCUGCUGCCAGCCUCAUAAUAGAAGAAACUGAUGGAAUUUCUGAAACUAGCAAUCAUUAAUAUUCUGUUGGUUCGAUGGGAACUAAAAACUGCCUGGCUACAAAUUUUUCUUCUUCUGCAUUUUCAGACUCUGAAUAGUUGAUUUUAGAGAGUAAUCUAAGAAGCUACUUCAGUUUGAGAGGUCAGCAGCAACAUGGAGCUAAGAAGUUCAGCUUUGGCCAUUAUAUCAUUUUCUUGUGUUAUGCACACUCAGACACAUACAACUUUAAUACGUGGUUGUAUGUUAUCUGGUUGAAAAUUUAGUUGACAUUAAUUUUCACUUUGUUUACCAUUUAUCACUCUGAAAAAUUCUAAAUUUUACGCAAAGAACAGAGUCCAUUUGUUGUAUUA